UUAUUCCCAUAUUAUAUGGGAAUGAGCGGAGAGUUAUUCCUUCGUCCUUGAACUGAAGUUUUCGCAAUUAGUUGACCGGAAAUUGCAAAAGCUUAGCCGGAAUCUUCGAAGCUUGGCCGGAACUUACAGAGCGUUGCCGGGAAAUUGAGAAAGAUGGCACUGGUCUUGAUGUGUGGUCAGCCUUGCAGCGGGAAAUCGACAGUCGCUCAAUCGCUCUUCCGGUUAUUGCUCAGCGAAUCCUCUCAGCAAAAUCUCUGUAACAAUAAAAAUGUGAGAAUCAUUGACGAGCCCUCUCUGCACUUGGAACGAAAUGAAAGCUACAAGGACUCUCUCUCUCUCUCCGUGUCUAUCAGAUAUGCCAGCAGAGAAAAACGUUAGGGGUGUAUUGAGAUCAGAGGUUGACAGAUCCUUAACCAAGGAUAGUAUUGUUAUUGUGGACUCGCUAAAUAACAUUAAGGGCUACAGGUAUGAAUUAUGGUGCCUUGCUCGAGCUGCUGGGGUAAGAUAUUGUGUGUUAUAUUGUGAUACAGAAGGAAGCUUUUGUAUUAAAUGGAAUAAGGAACGUAGGGAUACAGGAGAAGCUACAUAUGAUGAUAAAAUAAUGGAUGAUUUACUAAGGAGAUUCGAGAAGCCUGAUAGGCGCAACCGUUGGGAUUCCCCACUUUUUGAACUACGGCCUCCUGAAGAUGAGAUAAAUGAAUCAUCUUCCGCCAUUAUAGAAGCCGUGUCAUACUUAACAAGAAAGACAGAUUCAAAGACCAAAGACAUCCGUGUACUCCAGCCCACAAUUGCUACUCAGUCUGUACGUACUUCUGAAGCCAACUCGCUUUAUGAGAUGGACAGAGCAACACAGGAGGUGAUCAAUGCCAUUAUAGAAGCACAAUCUCAAGGGCUUGGGGGACCUGUUAAUGAGGUUCAUCUCGGCCAUGAAUUGCCGACCAUUGACAUAAGAAGGCCAGUUGGAUUGCCGGAGCUCCGGCGUCUGCGUAGGACGUUCUUAAAAUUAGCAGGUCAAUCAAGCUUAAGUGGGCCCCCGCCGCCCUCCGAUGCUGAGAGUGCAAAGAGAAUGUUUGCCGAUUAUUUGAACCGCGAAAUUGGUUUCGCAUGAAUUGAUCGAUUGGAUCGUUUCUUUCGGCGUAGUGGUGUUUAGAGCAUGAAGAUUAUGACCCUUGCAUCCAAGCUCCAGCACGAGAGAGAGAGAGAGAGAGAGAGAGAGAGA